AUGCCAGAGGAAAGAACGGAAUAUUACAGCAUCCUUGCAGCAAAGGAGCCUUACGAGUCAACGGAAACCAUUAGAAUCAGGCUUUCUCAGGCUAAAUUGAUCAAUAAGGACUUCUAUCUAUUCUUCAAAGAAAUCUCAGACCUGAAGAGAAACUAUUCUCAACAUUUACGUAAGAUUAUUGCAGAAAAUGAAAGUUUAGAUAAACUUUUGAAAAGCCAAAUGCUAGAAAAUCAGGUCCUCACUACGGAUGAAAUGGCUCAAUUUAACUUCAACUCCUUGGGCCAAUUGGGCCAAUUGUGGAGUACUGUCAUUGAAGAAAUGAAGACAGAUUUGAAAGCAACAAAUGAAUUUCAACGUACUUUAGAUAAUCAAGUACUUAAAACUUUAAAGGAUUCCACUGAAAAUAAUACCCACUGGAAGGAAAGUAAAAAAUUACACUCAAAAUUGAGUCAAAUUGCUGCGAAUAUUGAUUAUUUUUCAAGGAAGGAUGACCGUAAAGAACAAUUAGAAGAAGCAAAUAGACAAUGGGCCUCUGAUGUUCCUUAUCUAGUAGAAUUGUUCGAAACUAUUGAUUAUAAUCGUUUACAAACUCUGAAGGACUGUCUCUUAGCUUUCCAAACAGGUUUCAGUGACUAUCUAUUAAACACCACUAACCAAUGUGAACAUGUAAUGGAAAAUUUCCUUGAAUUUGAGCCAAUGAAUGAAAUUAAACGUUUUGCAAAAGAUGCAAGUGAGUACAAUUUCCAAGUAUCUAGUCGUAGUCAUGCAAAAGUGUCCCAGCCAGAACAGGGAAUUGCACCCCAACCUGCUGCUGCUAUGUCUCAUAAAGAAAAGAGGAAAAGUACCUUCGGUAAUAUUGGACGUCGUUUCACUUCCUCGUCAAGCGUGGUUCAUCAUGAUUUAAUGAAUAAUGAAUUCUCUGAUUCAAAUAACAAUACUUCCUUGAAAAAUAAAAAGUCUUCAAAUAGAAUAAGAUCUAAAGUUGGUUCAAUCUUUGGUAAGAAAAGUUUAUUGAAGAAUAAAAAAUCUCAAACUUUUAAUAAGAACCAAAAAUCUAUACCAGAAUAUGAAGAGGUUUCCUCCACAGAAAAUUCUACAAGCGCAGGUGCAUAUCACUCGACUACUAGUAUACCACAUCGUCCAACCGCUUCUACGCGUACGAAUUCUGAAUCAUCCUACCAUAACCAACGUCUACAAUCAUCUAUAAAGCAAGAAACGCCAAAGAAGGGCAGCCAGAGUAUACCUUCCGAAUCCUUAUAUGCAGAUAAGGAAGCUACUCCAAGAAAAAUGUACAAUGAACCUCCUCAAGAAGUAGUGCAACAACAGAAUGUACCACAGGACGAAGUUUUAACGCCAACUAAGAAUCAGUCAAUUUUGAUGAGUCAAGCACCUUUACAACCUCAACAAAAGAAUAAAGCGUUACCAGCUCAUCCAAUGCAACACGGUCAACAAGAUGGUAGUCCACGUACUGAAGCUCCUGCCUUACCACCAUCUAGAAAAUACACCCAAAGGCAUUCAGAGCUUUAUAAUGCAGCUCCCGUUUCACAACAAUCACAGGAGCAAGAGCAAUAUCAAGCAGAAAGAAUACCAUCAAUGGUGGCACCUCAAGUAACCGGAGAAUUACAACAAUUGAAUCCACAAUCCACGGGUACAAGUAAUAUUCUACCAGUUAAUAGUCAAUCAUUGUUCCAACACUCAUCAAUUGCUAAUGAUGAAACUGUUAAAGUAGGCUUAAAUGCUAGUGUUGCCGAAGUUAUUAAUGCCAGAUUCAAAGAAGGUGUUAUCCAAGAUUCACAGUUAAUCGGUGAAUUAGCCUUAGAUUAUGUACCAACAAAUGAACUUCCAAUUGGUAUUAACUUGAAAAUCAACAAUAGUAGUAAAUUUGAGAAAAUCAUCUUGAAUCAAGCAUUUGUUGAACAAGUAGACGAUGAACAUUUUAAGAUCAAUCCUGAAUUCAUCAACUCUAGGGUUCUUGGAGCAAUUAAAUACUCUGUUAGUGACACAAUGGCUCCAAUUGUAGUUCAUCCUAUUUGGAAAUUUGAAGAACAUCAAGCUAGUGUUGUUUUAACGGUUAAAAUAGCUAAUUUUGUUCCAAGGAGAAUAAGGAAACUUACUUUGAAAGAUCUAGUUGUUUUUGUCUCUAUUGAUGGAGCUAAUGCCACAAGUGCACUUUCUAAGCCACAAGGUUCCUUCAACAAAGAAAAGAGAAGAAUUACAUGGAGAUUCAAAGAACCACUGGUUUUAGAUAGAGAUGGUGAAGGUGAAAGACUUAUCGCAAGAUUUUUAACCGAUGGUAUUGCUAAAGAAUCUGAGAGGGGUGUUUCUAUUAAGUUCGCCAUCCGUGAACAGCAUGGGGAAGGUAAUGUCGUUGAAAAUAUUAGUGUCGGAAGUGGUAUAUCGUUAGAGGCACAGGAAUUGGAUGUUAAUGAUCCAUUUGGUGGCGAAUGGAAUAAUGUCAACACUACCAACACAUUAGCUGCAGGGACAUAUUAUGGAUUAGCUUGA